AUGGUGGCGGGCUCGAGUCCUUCAGGUGCAGUCGGUGACAUGGCCGAUACCCAAAAUGUGACCGUUGGCCGCCGGAGAUUACUUCGCCCUCUUUUGCCAUCCACAAGUCCGAGUCCGGCCUCCGCCCACCAAUCACAGCUUCGGGCCAUCAUUUCUACGUUCGCCCAGUCUUGUCUCAUCCACCAUCCGUCCCUCUUUCUCAUACCCCCUAACCCCACCCUCAACCGCAACAGUAGCCAUUGCCGACUCUCGUGCAGUGGUCUCCGAACCUCCUUAGCCCCAUCACCACCUCCACCU